UUUUUGGUGGGUGUAUCUUUGCCUCGUUCCUGAGGAGCAUUUUAAUGGCGGCCAUUUGUAGAUAAUUUCGCCGACUGUCAAGCUAUUUCCUGCAUCAGUGGAUUGCUUUUUAAGUUUAUGAUUACAAUCUUUGUGUACAGGUAGAGAGGAGUAGCAAGAUGCCUACUGUAAAAGGAGAUGGGAUGCGAGGCCUUGCGGUCUUCAUUUCGGACAUCAGAAAUUGCAAGAGCAAAGAGGCGGAGAUCAAGAGGAUCAACAAGGAGCUGGCCAACAUCAGGUCAAAGUUCAAAGGUCAGUGCUAGGGAUAUAAAUAACCUCUUUGGGUUGAGGGGGUGGGGCAUGGCGAUGACUUUGGCCACAUGGAGGCGGUCAACCUGCUCAGCUCGUACAAGUACACUGAGAAACAGAUUGGUUAUCUGUUCAUCUCUGUACUGGUGGGCGCCAGCAGCGACCUCAUGAAGCUGGUGAUCCAGUCCAUCAAGAACGACCUGACCAGUCGUAACCCCAUCCACAUCAACCUGGCCCUCCACUGCAUGGCCAACAUCGGCAGCCGAGAGAUGGCCGACUCGGUGGGCUCGGACAUUCCCAAACUGCUCGUCUCGGGGGCGUGGUCACGUCUGCCACAAGUUUGAUCGAGGCCCUGGUGAGGAAGAACCCAGAAGAGUACAAAGGCUGCGUCUCUCUCGCUGUCUCCAGGCUGAGUCGGAUUGUGACGGCCUCGUACACGGAUCUACAGGACUACACCUACUACUUUGUCCCCGCGCCCUGGCUGUCCGUCAAGCUGCUCCGACUGUUACAGAAUUACCCCCCGCCUGAGGACCCGAGCGUGCGCACUCGUCUCACGGAAUGUCUCGAGACCAUCCUGAACAAGGCCCAGGAGGCGCCCAAGUCGAAGAAAGUGCAGCACUCCAACGCCAAGAACGCCGUGCUCUUUGAGGCCAUCAACCUCAUCAUCCACAUGGACAGUGACCCCAACCUUCUGGUGCGCGCCUGUAACCAGCUGGGACAGUUCCUGCAGCACAAGGAGACUAACCUCAGGUACCUGGCACUGGAGAGCAUGUGUCUGCUGGCAACCUCAGAGUUCUCCCACGAGGCUGUGAAGAAACAUCAGGACACGGUCAUCACUGCCCUCAAGACGGAGCGAGAUGUGAGCGUGAGGCAGCGCGCCGUGGACCUACUGUACGCCAUGUGUGACCGGAGCAAUGCCGAGGAGAUUGUCGGAGAAAUGUUGGAGUAUCUGGAGUCUGCUGAUUACUCUAUCAGGGAGGAGAUGGUGCUGAAGGUUGCCAUCCUGGCCGAGAAGUACGCCGUGGACUACACCUGGUAUGUGGACGUCAUCCUAAACCUCAUCAGAAUCGCCGGAGACUACGUCAGUGAGGAGGUGUGGUACAGGGUGAUACAGAUUGUGAUCAACAGAGACGACGUCCAGGGCUACGCCGCCAAGACUGUCUUUGAGGCUCUGCAGGCCCCGGCAUGUCACGAGAACAUGGUCAAGGUCGGAGGCUACAUCCUCGGGGAGUUCGGCAAUCUGAUCGCAGGAGACCCACGCUCAAGCCCCCUGGUUCAGUUCCAGCUGCUUCACUCCAAGUACCACCUGUGCAGUCCCAACACACGCGGUCUCCUGCUCUCCACCUACAUCAAAUUCAUCAACCUCUUCCCUGAGAUCAAGACCAGCAUACAGGAGGUGGUGUUGGAAGAGAUGCCUCCGUUCCCCGAGCGAGAGUCGUCCAUCCUGGCCAAGCUAAAGAAGAAGAAGCCGACAGCGGUUCCCGACGGGGCUGAGCAGAAGGAGAAGGAGCCGCGCGUCAUCCCCCAGGCCCAGAUUAACACCUCGGCCGAGCCCAGCGCCGUCUCUGCCCCCGCGCCCACUCUAGGAGCCCUGGGAGGAAGCAGCGCCAACGCCUCCAUCGACCUGCUGGGUAUCGACGCCGGACCCACGCCCCCGGCCGCGCCCCCCGCCGGAAGUGGCAACGUCCUGGUGGACCUGUUCGGCGACCCAGCCCCGACCUCGAACGGCAUCGACACCUCGUCGUCUGCCGCCAGCGGUCUCACGCCCGGGGCCGAGGAGAACCUCAAGAAGUUCAUCUGUAAGCACAACGGUGUGUUGUACGAGAACGACCUACUUCAGAUCGGGAUCAAGUCGGAGUACCGGCAAAACCUGGCGCGUGUUGGGGUGUUCUUCGGCAAUAAAACCACAUUCCAGUUCACGAACUUUGCCUCAGACCUUGUGCUGCCCGAGGCUCUCAAAUCUGGCCGGGUCAGGAGUGUCAGAAAAUCUUCAAGGCUCAGUUCCCACAAGACACGGAGCAGGUGAAAGUGAAGAUCUUGGGCUUUGGCCUGAGCUCGCUGGACAAGAUCGACCCGAACCCGGACAACUUUGUGUCGUCUGCCAUCCUGCACACUCGCAGUCAACAGGUGGGCUGUCUAGUCCGACUGGAGCCUAACAAACAGAUGCAGAUGUACCGGCUGACCGUCAGAUCCACUAAGCCCAGCAUUUCUCAACAUUUAGCCGAGUUGUUGGAGUCGCAAUUUUAGCUCGGAAUGCUAGAGUCAUAUGCUUUUUGGGUUGUUUUUUUUUUUU